AACUUAAAAGCAAGGCAAAAUCACUUGGACUUUGGAAUCUUUUCCUUUCGAAAGAUUAUCCCGAAGGCGCCGGACUAACAAACCUCGAAUAUUCAUUGAUGGCCGAGAUUAUGGGUAGAUCCAUUCGCAUCGCCCCAGAGGCUACAAACUGUUCUGCACCGGAUACAGGAAAUAUGGAAGUAUUCGCCAAAUAUGGAACUCCUGCCCAAAAAUCAAAAUGGCUAGUGCCUCUAUUGAAAGGGGAAAUUCGUUCGGCAUUUGCUAUGACCGAGAAAGCUGUCGCAUCAUCCGAUGCCACGAAUAUUGAAACUUCAAUUCAACGAAUGAACGAUCAUUACGUGAUCAAUGGUUGUAAAUGGUGGAUUUCCGGAUCUGGAAACCCACGUUGUGCAGUGUACCUUGUAAUGGGUAAAACCUCGACGAGAGGCAAUAAGCAUAAGCAACAAAGUUUGGUCAUUGUUCCAGCGAAUACACCAGGGGUAAAAGUUGUUCGACCACUAACUGUUUUGGGGUAUGAUGAUGCACCAGAAGGACAUUGCGAGAUAGUGUUUAAAGAUGUUAGAGUGCCUUUGGAGAAUAUUGUGUUGGGUGAAGGAAGAGGAUUUGAGGUGAUUCAAGGACGGUUGGGACCUGGCAGAAUUCAUCAUUGUAUGAGAUCAAUUGGCAUGGCUGAGCUUGGUUUGGAUUUGAUGCUUAAACGCGUUACAGAUCCUUCUCGUCGCACCUUUGGAAAGCUUCUAGCCGAACAUGGAACCAUAUUAUCCGAUAUAGCUCAUUCUCGCAUGAUCAUUGACCAAGCUAGAUUUCUCGUUCUUAAUGCUGCCGACAUGAUUGACAAAGUGGGUGCGAAAGGUGCUUUGAAGGAAAUUGGAAUGGCCAAGGCCAUCGUGCCAGAUAUGUUGUUGAAGGUGCUUGAUCGAUCCAUCCAAUCUCAUGGUGCUGGUGGCUUAUGUUCUGAUUUUCCACUAGCUCAAAUGUAUUCAAUUGGGC